AUGGAGAAUGUCGUUAAGCAAACCACGAAUGUGCUAUCCAAUAAUGUUCCAUUACAGCCCACAGGAUCUACAGCAUCACAGGAUAAUGAUAUACAAUGCCCAAUAUGUCCCCAGCCGCGUUUUUUUAAAGGCCAGAGAGGUCUCCGAAUCCAUGCCAGUAAAACACAUAAACAAAAUUCUGAACAACCUAUUUCCCAAUUUUUAAACUACUCGAACAAUCAAAACAAGCCUUUCUAUGAAACACUUAGUCAAUUAAAACAUUCUGUCCCUCUUGUAAAAAGAAUACCUAGAGCCGCCCGUUCAUCUGUGGCGAAAAAACUAUCUGAAAGCCUAAAAACUGCUGUUUCAGAUAACUCGAAACAUAGCUGGGAGCUUUUACUAACUUUCCCUUACCGUAUAUUACAUGCCGACAUAGACCGUAAAAACCUUUCCCUAACCAGUUCAUUAAAAUCAAACUGUUGCAGCUCGGAACUGGAAUCUGAUCGGAUCUCAAACCUCCUCAAACAUCCAACUUUUCGCAAUGGAAGUAGUAUUUAUAAAAAAGUUGAACGCAAAGUGCAUGACGGAGACGUCAAAAGUGCGGCCCGUCUCCUCUUUUCCAAUGAUGCUGUAGCUCCUAAUAUCCCAUCUACACUUGCUGCUUUACAUUCUAAACAUCCACCUUUGCCAUCCAACCUCAACCUUCCUGACGCACCCGAAAACACAGAUAUCUAUAUCGUCGCCUCAACCCAGGAUGUCUUGCAUGCAGUUAAGUCCUUCAACAGUGGGUCUGCUGGUGGUCUAGAUGGACUUACUCCUCAGCACCUUAAAGACCUCUUAUAUGGUACUCCAGGCGAUGCCGGCACCUCGCUUUUGGAGGACUUAACAGCCCUUGUAAACCUAAUGCUCUCUGGAAAAAUAAAUGAGAGCAUAACCGAAAUUUUAUACGGUGCAAACCUUUGCGCUCUCGCCAAAAAAGACGGCGGUGUUAGACCUAUAGCAAUAGGUACUACCUACAGACGGCUUGCUGCUAAAAUCUGCUGCAAAGCCAUAUCACAUAACCUGAAAAAGGAAUUUGAGCCAUAUCAGCUCGGUUUCGGUUCCAAGGGUGGGUGUGAAGCAGCCAUACACUCUCUCCGCACAUACAUUACCAAAUCUACCAACGAUAUUUUGCUAAAGGUGGAUGUUAAGAAUGCCUUUAAUUCACUUAGUAGGGACGCCCUGUUAACUCAAAUUAAACAAAAAAUUCCUCACAUUUACAACUUCCUUUGGCAAUGUUAUAGCGAACCUACUAAACUUAUGUAUUUAAAUAAUACUUUACUCUCGGCUGUUGGUUGUCAGCAGGGCGACCCUCUGGGACCAGCCAUUUUUAGCCUAGGAAUUAACCCAAUUAUUCGGCUUCUAAAUUCGAAAUUCAAUGUGUGGUAUUUAGACGACGGUACCCUAGGAGGAAGUGUAAACACCGUAUUCGAUGACCUUCAUAUUCUAAUACAAGAAUUCGAACAUAUUGGGCUUGAACUAAAUUUUUCCAAAUGUGAACUUUUCAUUCCGGAUAGUUUAUCUAAUAAAGAUGAAGUAAUCUCUAAAUUUAACACCCUGGCUCCAAAUAUUAAAAUAUUAAAUGAAAGUUCACUUCACCUCCUUGGAUCACCUAUUUUUGAUGAAUCUUUCCCCAGCUUUGUCGAAAACAAAAUUAGUAAGUUCUGUUCAAAUUCCGACCGCCUCCUAAAUAUCAACACUCACAUCGCAUAUAAUAUUAUUCGAUACUGCCUUUUUGUACCCAAUUUUACUCAAGUUCUUCGUAGUACACCUUUUUGGAAAUAUCCAGACCUCACCGCAAAAUUUGAUGAAAAAAUAAAAUGCAUUCUGAGCUCCCUCUUUAAUAUCACUUUCGAAGACCGUAUAUGGACUCAGGCCUCUUUGCCGGUCAGGCAUGGGGGCCUGGGAAUCCGCCAAAUCUCCCAUAUCUCCCUACCAGCUUUUCUAUCAUCAGCGCACGGUACGCAGAAUCUCGUGAAAAAAAUACUAACACCUUUUUUCGGUGAUUUCGAGAUAGCUUACCUGCCUGAGGCUAAAAAAUCUUGGUCUCUGGCUUGUCCCAACGUAGCUUCUCCCAUAAAUCCCAAAAUCCAGAGGCAAUGGGAUGAGCCCAUUAAUGAUUUAUACAGAACUUCGUUACUAGACUCUUCCCAGAACUCUGCUGAAAGCGCCCGUCUUCUCGCGGUGUCCAAAUGGGAAUCUGGCCUUUGGUUACACACAAUUCCCUCACCUCAUAUCGGAACAUUAUUGGAUAACGCAACGUUUAGACUCUCAAUCUCUCUCAGAUUGGGGGCCAAAACGAAUGCUCCCCAUUACUGCAGGUGUGGGGACAACGUCAGUGCCUUGGGACACCAUGGCCUAUCUUGCCUUAAGAGUGCUGGGCGCUUGCUGCGCCACUCAGCUAUUAAUGACAUUCUCCGUCGGGCUCUUGUCACCGCGGGCGUGCCUGCCAUUCUAGAACCUCCUGGUUUGAUACGUGAUGAUGGCAAGAGACCUGACGGGAUGUCCUUGGUACCUUGGAGGAUGGGACGUCCGCUUGUAUGGGACUUCACCUGCGUCGACACGGUGGCACCGUCUCACCUUCAAAAUACAUCCAAGAGGGCUGGUGCCGCCGCAACACACCAGGAGUCUAUCAAGCGCCUGUCGACUACAAAUUUGCCUGAUAAUAGUAACAAUAUGCUCCGCGGGUGGUCGCUGGUCGCUGUUUGCUGGUUGACCGUCGCCAAUAGCCGCAAACAUUGUUUGGAGUGCUCCCAUUUCUUGGAAGGGUGCGUGACGAAAGGUAUACAUGUAGCCGCCAUGUUGCGAGGGUCGGGGGGUGCGCCGGCGCAGCCGAAGGGCGUACAAAUUGAUUACGACGCGGCGACGGACUGA